UUCCAAUCCCCUCCAUAUCAUGUGAUUCAGGUGUUCCAAUCCCCUCCCAAUCAUGUGAUUCAGGUGUUCCAAUCCCCUCCAUGGACACAGGUGUAUACAAUCAAGCCCCUAGGCAUGCAGACGGCUUCUACAAACAUUGGUGAAAGAAUGGGUCGCUCUCAGGAGCUCAGUGACUCCAAGCGUGGUCCCGUGAUAGGUGGCCACCUGUGCAAUAAGUCCAUCUGUGACAUUUCCUGGUCACUAAAUAUUCCACGCUCAACUGUUAGUGGGAUUAUAACAAAGUGGAAGCAACUGGGAACAACAGUCACUCAACCA